GUGAUGUUAUUUCCUCACACAAUCACAGCUCUUCCAAUCAGCUGGUUCACCCUUGAAGAUCCGCCUAUUUAACUAUGAGAGACACACUACAGAGAUUAACUUUGGACUGCAGUGAUACAGGAGCGACAUGGCAAACGAAGUACAGGAACAACCUCUGAACCAGGCAGAACUGCUUGCACAGAUGUUUCCCACAGAAAGUCUGGAGUACAAACUCCUUUUGAGGUACGUACAGAAGAAAAUAGACAGUCAUUCCACACAAAGCAACAGUGUGGGCGAGGUGAAGACUCCUACACAUCCUCAGAAACACCAUAAAACACAGAAAAAUAAGAAGCGUAAAUUUCUGAAGAUCAUAAGCUGCAUUCGGCCAGAGAGGGAAGAUGAGGAUUGUGUGACUAGACCUCACAGACAUCAGGCAACUGCAGACAACUGCAGAUCUGAUUCAAACCAGGAAGAAGUUGAACAAAUCGUCAACAAGUUGACUAAACUCACAGAUAAAGUUAAUUUUAAAUCUACGGAUAUAGAAACUGAUAGUGACGAUCUUGUGGAGCAAAUAGUGGAACUGCUUCGGGAACAUGGAGAUAAACUUAACGAGAAAAUAGAAAAGGACCACGUGCUUAUGAAACAGCUGCAGGACUCUCUGUCAUACGGUUUCUUUAAAAAAUUGGCCCGGAACUUCAUACACAGACUAAGUCCGGAAGAGCUUCCUACUACACAGAGCCGAAAGCAGGCUGAGAUCGCAAUCACCUUUGAGCUGACCAGCCGCCUAAAUGCCAUGGACUCCCAUCCUAUGAACCGAGUGCUGGGCUUUGGGGCUACAUACCUGCAGGACUACUUUACCCCCUGGGUCAACCAACAAGGCGGCUAUGAAAAAGUUUUCAGCACAGACAGUGAUACUAAAGAGGAAGUCGAAUAAACCUAGAAGAUUUUGAUCCACCCCACAUUCGCCGCCCACCCCACUCCCCUCGAACUUCAUUAGAUUAAAUUAUUCUCAGGAUCCAAGUCACUUGAAUAAGAAAAGUAUUUUAUUAAAAAAAAGUAGAAUGUUUACUUAUCCAUGAUACCAAACACUCUGUGAAAAAGGUGUAGGUAUAUGGUUUAUCAAUGUUUUUUGUUAAUUUUUAUAACUAAUUAAUUCAAUGCCAGUUUUGGUGUACGAAUAGAAUCCAAUGUAGUCAUUUGCUAUUGUAUACAGUAGCUCUGAAGUUCUGGUGGUGUGGUGUGUUUUCUGAGUUAAAGAGUUUUUGCAGUAAGUAAGUAAUAAUAAAUGAAUAUAGCCAUAUUAAAGAA